AAAUACACCCAACCCACCUUCAAGCUCUGCGCCCACCUCUCUCUUCUUCAGUCCUUGAUUUAUUCUCUGCUCUUCUUCCCAUCAUGGGGAGGCUCAUUGCAGCCACCCUCUUCCUCCUCAUCUUCACACUCCUGCAUUCCUCCCUUGCGUGUCCCAAAUGUCCAUAUCCCACUCCCUCCAUCCCACACCCUAAGCACCACCCGAAGCACCCUCCCAAGGUGAAACCCUACCCUAAGCCCAAACCUCACCCUCCAAAGCCACCAGUAGUUGGCCCUCCUAAACCUCCUCCGGUUGUCCCACCACCACUCCCACCUGUAGUUGUUCCGCAACCUCCUCCCUAUGUGAAGCCUCCGCCUUUGCCGCCUGUCGUCAAUCCUCCACCAGUGCCGCCCGUUGUCGGUCCACCCAAGCCGCCUCCGGUGGUGUACCCGCCCGUGCCGCCUGUUGUCGGCCCACCCAAGCCUCCUCCGGUGGUGUACCCGCCCGUUCCGCCCGUUGUCGGGCCACCCAAGCCUCCUCCGGUGGUGUACCCGCCCGUUCCGCCUGUUGUCGGGCCACCCAAGCCACCUCCGGUGGUGUACCCACCCCAGCCGUGCCCGCCGCCGCCGCCCAAGGAGACAUGCCCGGCGGACACGCUGAAGCUGGGAGCCUGCGUCGACCUGAUCAGCGGCAUGAUACCCAUUCGGAUCGGGGCGGACGCCAAGUCGACGUGCUGCCCGGUGCUGCAAGGCCUUGCAGAUCUCGACGCCGCUCUGUGCCUCUGCACCACCAUCAAGGCGAAGUUGCUAAACCUCAAUCUUGUGCUGCCCGUUGCGUUGGAGUUGCUUAUUGGGUGCGGGAAGAGCCUUCCUCCCGGUUAUCAAUGCCCUGCUUAGACUCCAAAUGGUUAUUUCGAUCUCGGAAAGAGAAUAAUUCUACGGACAGCCUGAAGUGAAAGCUUAAUAAGCUUACUACGAUGUUCUUUGUCUAGUGUACUUGUGGUGUGAAAUGAACGUAAAGCUGUGUGUUCCUGCUGUACACUGAGUUCCCAUGCAUGCAUGUCUGAUACAACUUCUCGUGUCUACGUAUAAAGUGCUUUCUCGUUCUCUUCUUAA